AUGUAUCUCGUUGGCGUGAUACCUGGCCCCACGAAGCCUUCGCUGACCCAGAUCAACCACUUCCUCCGCCUUCUCGUCGAUGAUCUUCUGCAAUUCUGGACAUCCGGCGUUCGGUUCUCUCGCACUUGGAAAUACCGCUUCGGACGCCUUUUCCGAGCCGCGCUCAUCCCUCUCGUUUGCGACAUUCUUGCGGCACGCCAGACCAUCGGACUGGGAUCUCACUCCUCCACCUUCUUCUGCAGUUUCUGCUAUCUGCGGCUCGACGAGAUCGAGAACUUCGACCCGUUGACAUGGCCUCCGCGGGAGAUUCACGAGCACAGGGCUCGCGCUGAAGCAUGGCGUAACGCGCCUACGGCCCUGGAGCAAGAGGACCUCUUCGAGUGUCAUGGAAUUCGAUGGUCGGAGCUGCUCCGCCUUCCUUACUGGGAUCCUAUCCAUUUCACCGUGGUCGAUUCGAUGCACAACCUAUAUCUCGGUCUUCUCCAGACACAUUGUCGCGACAUCUGGGGCAUCAGCGUGGACCUGGAUGACGGCGACGCUACUGCUCAUCCAACGAAGAAACCACCCCAGUUUCCAUCUUCUGCUGACUGGCAGAAGGGCCUCCACGCGCUUCACCACGGAACUUUGGCAGAACUCAUGAAGUGCAAGAAGGCGGUGCUAUGGCAUUUGUGCGAUCAGCGUGAGCUGAGACGUGCUGGUGCGAUCAAACAGCUGGCAAAAGAGCUAGACAAAUGGGUAUGUCGGAAAUAUCGCGCACCGUCCGUGCCUGGUGCGCAACAAGGCGACACGGCACCAGGAAAGAACGAGCUGCUACAAGUAUUAAUCGAGAAAGCCAAAGCAAGUUUGGGCAAUGCGAAGAAGCCGUCUACGCUCAAAAAUUAUAAGAAGGCCGUUCUCAGCGGACUCUGUGAGCAGCUCGGUCUAGGGUUCCCAGACAAACCCUCGCAAGCGGACCUUAUCGAUGUACUCUGGAAAUCUCGAGGUGCCAUGCCCUCAUCAAGUGGAAUGCCCGCGUCUGUACCUCCCGGGCACUCUACAACGACCGACGUUCCAGACGUCCAGGCCAACGGGCCACUCGACGCAGGGAACCGAUCCACACAUGCUCUCGGCCAGCAGGCGCUCGAAGCCUUCCGUUCGGUCAGGAGUAACAUGGAACUCCCAAGCUGGGUCAGCCCUGCUCCCAACGGAUUUGGUACGACGCAGCAAGGAAAACUGAGCGCAGCGCAGUGGCACACAACUUGUACGGUGGUACUGCCCGUGGCCCUAACAGCACUUUGGAGCCCGCAGGGAGGUAGGAAAUUGGAGAUGCUUCGCAACUUCAUGGACCUCGUCUCCGCAGUUGUCAUCGCAAGCCUCUUGGAGAUAACGCCAGAGCACAUACGCUUAUAUGAGGAGUACAUGCGACAUUACUUGGUGGUCAUGAAACGGCUCUACAAGGAGGCGACGAUCAAGCCGAAUCAUCACUAUGCGCUGCAUCUCCCCGACUUCAUGCGCUUGUUUGCGCCGGUGCAUUCAUGGAGGUCGUUUGCUUUCGAAAGGUAUAACUACAUGCUCCAGAGCAUCAACACCAAUCUCACAUUCGGGGAGCUUGAGGCUACAUUCAUGAAAACGAGCUGCAGAGCUUCCAACCUUCGUCCCCUUCUCCAGGACAGUCAGCUCCGCCCCUUUCUUCAAGAGUUCCUCCAGGCGCUAGACCGGAAGUCAGGUGAAGACAAACGUGGCCUCAGACUGGACGCCAUACUACGCGGUGGCGUGCAAUCGAGCGCUGCUGUGUUGCCGCCGCCGGACCCAACCCUGCGUCUCAGCCGCCUGGACGAUGCGACAUAUAUCGCGCUACUCAUGAAACUCAACGCCGAAUCAGUCUCUACGCCUUACGUCAACAGUGCGCACAAUCCUCCACCCUCGGGCAGUCUGCGGCUCCCUCACUCGGCUCAGCUCUACCUAAAGACCUUCAUUCGUGGAAUAUUCUACCACGUCGCCCAUUCCUCCUCUCGAGACAGCAACAUCCUCUUCACUCUACCGACCUUCGCAUCGCCCUGCGUCGGCUGCAUAGUCAACAUAUUCUCCCAUUCCAGACCGACAUCCGACGGCACACGUACGGAGCUCUUCCUCCUGGUCCGCAGAUAUCGCGAGCUCACGCCGGAAGACGCUGUCCACGACCUCUUCCGCCAAUUUCCAGUCGCUGGUGGUAGAUUAGUCUAUGAUGCUGAAGAAGACAGAUGUCUUAUCCGACCUUGCGACGUCGUCUGUCACGUCGCCCACACAAAGGUCGAAGUCGCCGACAUCGCGAGCGCAUGUAGACAUAUCCUACCACUGGAUAGGGUGAGUCUCAUACGGCGCCCCUAUAUCCCACGCUGA